CGGGAUCGGUAUUCUGUAAAUAGCGUAGCGUUUCCAGUGUAAACAUGACUCUCGUCACUCUGGUCAAUUUUGGGCAAAACCGCUUGAAAUGAGAUAUAUUAGACCAUAUCUUGUUUAUUAAAUCAGUAUGACGAUAAUUGAGAAGGAUGUUUAAGGGUCCUAGAGAUUUAAAUCAUGUUGACCUGACCAAAUUUUCAGGACACAAGGAUGAGGUCAACUGUGUGGCAUUUUCUCCCGAUUUUCAGUUUCUGGUAACAGGAAGUGAUGACCAGCGAGUCAGAGUGUUUAAUUGUAAGACGGGGGAGAUGGUGUGUAAACUCAAAGGACAUACAGGUGCAAUAAAGAGUGUAGCAGUUGGUCCUGACAGUAAAUAUUUUGCCAGUGGAUCUUAUGAUAAAAGCUUAAGGCUAUGGCGGACCAGGGAUGCAGAGUUAAUACAUGAGUUAUUAGGUCACUCUAAGAGUGUUGAGGUUGUGGUUUUCUCCCCUGACGGUGAACAUUUGGCCUCAGGUUCCUGGGACAGAACAGCCAUUCUCUGGGAUAAACAGAGAGGUGUCCCGAUCAGGAUCUUUACGGGACAUGAUGGUCUGGUACAGUCAGUGACCUUCUCCCCUGAUGGAAGGUGGCUGGCCACUGGUUCCUGGGACUUCACUGUCCGGUUGUGGACGCUGAACAGUCCGGACGGCUUGGACAAAGUGACGGUGUUAGAGGGACACAAAGGGAACAUCCAUUCAGUGGUGUUCUCCAAGGACGGAAUGCUGGCCUCGGGUUCCUGGGAUAAGACGGUCCGUUUAUGGAAUCCCCGGAAUGGCCAGCCUAUCCACGUGCUGAAGGGGCACGAGGGGUGGGUACAGGCCCUGGCUUUCUCCCCGGACGGGAUCUACGUGGCCAGUGCUAGUGACGAUGAGUCGGUCAGAAUCUGGGACGUGGCCGAGGGUUCCUGUAUCAGUGUUCUGGAGGGAAAGACAGACGUAGCACAACACUGUGCUUUCACACCAGGUGGCGCUCUGAUCGCAUCUGGGGCCUGGGGAGCCACUCUGAAUUUCACCUGAACGUGACUGUAUUUAUAAGAAAUUCUGGUCCAAUGUUCAAAUGUAUAGAUGCAUUUUAGCUCAUCGUAGCUGUAGGGACGCUUGAGAGGUGUGCUUGAAUGAAAAAUUUAUUUUUCUAUGUACAAUGUACGUAUGUGUUUGCUAUUUUUAUGAGAUCUUCACAUUUGACUCAAUUAGUGGUUAAAGUCUCAUCACAAUAUAUUUAGCAUUGAUGGAUACAGUGUACCUCCUAAGUCGUAGUGGUUUGUGGACAAAAAAUUUUUUUUUUGAAAUACGGAAAUUUAUUGGCCUGCGGAUAAUAGCUAACGCACUUGGUUUUAUUACUUGGUUUUAAUCAGUUCUCACUACUUUCCGCAAUCAGAAAGUUUUAGACUUAAGUUGUUAACAAUACCAAAUAAAGUAUGCUGAAAAUUUCCAAAGUCUAGGGUGAUUUCUAUUGUCUUUUUUCACAAAAAAAACAUGCUUCUUUUGAUGAUCUGAAACGAUUUGUAUAUCAUAAUCAGACAUGUGUGCAUAGUAUCUUUUGGAAAUUUGGGCACCCAGAAAAAAGACAAGUUUGCCUGAAAUUU